AUAUUAUUACCCACGGUAUUAUGAAAGGUGUUUGAGAAAUGUGUGUAUAAUAAGAUGUUUACUUUUUUGGACAAGUUGAACAUAAUAACCAAGUUUCAACACCGAUUUUAGCGGGUUUCGUCGAUUGAAAGUGCUUUAUACGAGUUUUGUGAAUAUGCUUAUCAUGCCCUUGAUUAAAAAAGUACGUUGGUGCUCUUUUUUUCGAUUUAUCCAAGGGAUUCGAUAUCAAACAUGAAAUAAUCCUGAGUAAGUUAUACUCGCUAGGAUUUAGACUUUAGAGGAAAUGAACUUUCAUGGCUGAAGUCAUACUUGACUCUCAGAAAAAUGUGCGUGAAAUAUGAUAACUGUCAAUCACAACCAUACGGUAACGAUAAUGGAGUCCCUCAGGGAUCCAUCUUGGGACUUCUAAUCAUUAGUUAUGUGCCAGAACAUGUAAAUACAAACCAAAUAAUUCUAUAUGCAGACGACACAACAUGCUGCAGAAGAGGCAAAACAACACAAGUUGCUCAGUUUAUUUUGGAUGAUUAUAUCGAGAAGAACAAAGGGUCUGCCUGUAAAAUAGUAUGUACGCAACCAAGAAGGAUAAGUGCUAUAUCUGUGGCAGAACGGGUUGCAGAAGAACGGGCUGAAAAACUAGGAGAGAGUGUUGGCUUCCAAAUUAGGCUUGAAAAGAAAUUACCCAGAGACACUGGAUCGAUAGUAUUUUGUACAACGGGAGUUGUUCUCAAACAAAUGGAAUCUGAUCCCUCUUUGAGCACAGUGUCCCACAUCAUACUUGAUGAAAUUCAUGAACGCAGCAUUCCCUCAGACUUUUUGAUAACUGUUUUGAAGGAGGUUAUUAAGAAAAGGAACGAUCUUAAGAUCAUUCUAAUGAGUGCAACAUUAAAUGCAGAAGCUUUUUCGAAAUAUUAUAAUAACUGCCCUCACAUCAAUAUUCCUGGAUUCACAUAUCCUGUGGCAGAAUACUUUUUAGAAGAUGUCUUGCAAAAAACUAAAAGCAAAUUAUUCCAACAGUUUGAACCUUCUACAUCGAGGUGGGAUUACAAAAAGCGUGUGCAAAAAAAUAGGGGUCCGCUAAGUGUAGAAGAGCAAGAAUUCAAAGAAUAUAUCGUGCCGUAUGCCAGAAACCUGGAAAGAGAGAAGAAGUAUGAUGCACUUGUGUGUGAACAGUUGAAAAAUCCAGAUAGCGAAAUCCUCAAUUUGGAUUUAGUUUACGAGUUAUUAGUCUAUAUAGUUGAGAAGGAAGAGAAACACGGAUCGGUACUGAUUUUCUGUCCCGGAUUAUCGCAAAUAUCGGGCCUCAUAAAGAAAAUUGAAAACUCUUCAAAGUUUCCACCUUCCCGAUACAUCAUAUUUCCGUUGCACUCGCAGAUGCCAUCUAUAGACCAGAAAGAAAUUUUCAAUCCAGCUCCGCAAGGCAAGAGAAAAAUAAUUGUGUCAACUAACAUCGCAGAGACAUCCAUUACAAUAGACGAUGUCGUGUACGUCAUUGACUGUGGCAAAAUCAAGACUGCUGAUUUCGACAUAGAACUGAAAACGGAAACUUUGAAAAUAAGAUGGGUGAGCGUUGCUAAUGCAGAUCAGAGAAGAGGGCGUGCCGGAAGGGUACAGCCUGGAGUGUGUUUUCAUCUGUAUAGCAGGGCACGGCAUAUGAUUUUGGAAAAGUACCUGAAGCCUGAAAUUCUUUGUAAAAGGCUCGAAGGGACUAUUUUAACAGCUAAAAUCUUACAACUUGGUAAAAUCGAAGAAUUUUUUUCCAAAUUGAUGGUCAGCCCAGAUGCGGAAUCAUUGAGUAUUGCGCUAGCCCUCCUCAAACGUUUAAAUGCUUUGGACAGUGUUGAAAAUUUAACCCCGCUUGGUUACCAUUUAGCCAGGUUGCCCGUUGCUCCACAAAUGGGAAAAAUGAUAUUGUUGGGAGCCAUAUUCAGUUGCUUGGAUCCUAUACUAUCGGUUGCUGUGUCUUUGGAUUUCAAGGACGCAUUUCAAAUUCCACUCGGAAAAGAGCAAGAGGCUGACAAGAAAAGGUCUGAACUUGCAGAUGACACCAUGAGCGAUCAUAUUGUUUUACAUAAGGGUUUCUAAAAAGGGAAUAAUCAAGCCGUACAUGACUUCAAUGCAAACAGGACAAUCGUGCAAAUUUCAUCCAAAAUCAGUUUUGAGCCGUACGAGGAGUUUUUCAUUUCCUCUAGUGGUGUACUACAAAAAAAUGAAAUCGACGUGCGACUUCAUUUACGACGCCACGAUGGUACAUCCAUUACCCAUUUUAUUUUUCGGUGAUCGGUACAUCCAUUCCGAGGCAAAUGGGAAGCACAUUGUCAGUGUCAACAAUAUGGUUAGAUUUACGGCGGACUCCGAAAGAACGGUCUCUAUCAUCAGAGAUCUGAGGGAUAGGCUGUUCUGGUUCUUGGAACACAAGAUCACUCAUCCUGGCAGUGUCAAUUGGACAAGUUCAUCUGAUGAACUGAAUGUAUUAAAGUUAGUAUAAAUUUCAUUUGAAAAGAA